AUGGAUGACGACGUGUUGGUGGAUGUAUUUGGGUCGCUGAGCAUCAGCGCGCCCAACAAGGGGAAGGGGCGACACGAAGACAAAGAAAACCGAGCAGAGUUGGCCAACCGGAGCGCGCGGGCCUUGCAGCAGAAGGCAGGGUUGCUGGCGGAGAAGAAGGAGGAGCUGGCGAGGAAAAAGGAAGAGCUGGCGCGAAGAAAGCAGGAACAAGCGGUAGCCAAGUCGAGCGAGCGACAGCAAAGCCCAAACCGUGCCCGGUCGCAUCGCGCCGAGAAUGAACGAAGCGAGGAGCGACCGACCGCGCACGGCGUAAAAGAACGAAAGGGGGAAGGGGUGGCCACGCCGAGGCGCAACCCAAACACGGAACUGUCUCGCAGGCCACGGCCCAGCGUGAUCGUGAGGAAGGAGCGCGAACGAGAGCUGCUCGAUUCGCUCUUUGGCGAUGACGAAGACGACAGUUCUCCAUCCGAAGAAGAGGAAGUGGCUCGACCACCCAGAAGAGCCCAAGUGAGCGCCGCGCCUGCGAGGAAAGCGACGACGGUCACUAUGACGAGCGGAACUCGAAAGAACGAAGUGCCGCUGGGGAAGAGCGAAAGCGAAAAGCGACACGACGAAGCGAAGCGAAAGGCCGACAGUGGCAAGAGGCGGAACUUCAGGAUCAGCAUGUUCGUGAUCCGCGAGGCCGAAGAGGAAGACAAGGGCAGCCGUAGGGAAGGCGAGGACAGCGGCGACGAUGAAUACGAUCUUGAUGACAGCUUCAUCAACGAUGAUGUGGAGGAAUACGAUGACAGCGACGAUGACACUGACGAAGACGAUGAAGAUGAGCAGGAGGUCGUGGAGUGUGGAGACAGCGAUAUUGAGGUGGUCAGCGAAGUUUGCGAGAUCGACGCCAACACCAAAGCAACGAGGAAGGAGAAGGAGAAAGAGAAGGAGACGAUCGUCAUCGUGCUAAGCAGUGACGAUGAAGCCGAAGAAAGCACCCAAUACUACAACGACGUCGUCGAGGUGGCGCAGACGAAAAGGAAGGAGAUCGAACGGAUGCCUCACCUCAAGAAGACGAAGGAGGUUGAGGUGUUGAAGACUCCCACCCGAACACAGGCCACGCCCACGACGCCACGCACCACGCACCAAGCGACGCCUCGCGGAGCUCGACAGCCGAUCACCAGGGCCGCGCAAACCUCGACCCCUGCGCAGCGGAGGGAACGCGAAACGAAGGAAGAGGGCAUCAUCGGGUCGGACCGCAGGCUCGACGCCAUCAUCGAGAGGAACGUGUUCACUCCGCGCGAGUUCAAGCAGAGAAGGGAAGCGCUGACCCGCGAUCUCUUCCGCGAGUUCAACAAGAGAGUGUUUGCCGACCAGCUGCCAAGUGACCUCCCCAUCUCCUGGAAUUCGCGUCUGCUCACCACUGCUGGCCUGUGCAAGUGCGUGCGCAAACUGGGUGUACGCUCCGCCAGUGUGGAGCUCGCCACCAAAGUGUGUACAAACUUUCAACGCCUGUUCGAGACGCUCAUUCACGAGCUGUGUCACGCGGGCCAGUGGCUCGUGCUCGAGGACAGCACCAUGGGCCACGGCGCCACAUUCCGAUACUGGGGCAAGUUGGCGACGAAGGCCUACCCGGGGCUGGAGGUGGGCACCUGCCACGCCUACGACACGGUGACCGAGUGCCGCUAUCGCUAUCAGUGCACCAACCCGCGGUGCAAGACCGUCGUGGGCCGCCACUCGCCGUCGCUCGACCCUUCCACCUACCGCUGCAAGUCGUGUGGCAGUUCGGUCGAGAUGCUCCUGGCGGCCCUUGCCAGGUCCUGA